AUGGAUAAUAGUUCCGUUAAGGAAGAAGAAUAUUGUAUACCAAACCAAAUUGCAGUGGAAUCUUCUACUUCGGAUGAAAUAGAAUUUAUCGACAGUGAAGAAAUUUUAUUGUCUGACGAGGAUUAUCAGGAUUAUAUAUUAUCGGAACAGAAUAAUGACUACGCAGACACAUCACAAGUUGAUUUAACACGUGAUGAUGAAAUAAUAAUGCUGAAUAUGGAAGAUGAGGAUUUUAUGUCAACGGAUGUAACAAUGGAGUACAACGAAGAAUUAGAAGAAAUAACCAUGAAUACCAUGCAGAUAGAUAAUAUGGUUGGAGAGGUCCUAAGAGGACAAAAUAAUGAAUUAUCGCACAAUCAUCUAAAUGGAGAAAACAAUGAAAUGAAUCUAUCUGAAUUUAUUCAUCAUGGAAAUAUAAUAGGAAACAAUGCACAAACUGGUGUUUAUACACCUCUUCAAAAUAUUGUUCAGAACGAUUUGCAUUUCGGUGAAUAUGCAAUACAUGGAAAUAUAGUACAACACGAUGUGCAUUCCAGAGAACAUAUUCAUCUUGGCAAUAAUAUACAACACGAUUUUCAUUCCCGUGAAUAUUCUAAUCAUGGGAAUACAUUGCAGCAUGAUGGGCAUUCGAGGGAACAUAUUCAUCAUUGGAAUAUAGCACAACAUGAUUUGCACUGCAGAGGACAUAAUCAUGAAGGGAAUGUAAUGCACCACAACUCAUGUAUAAUAAUAGAAUUUGACCGUUUGGAAUUGCAUUACAAUUAUAAUAUUUUGAAAUUAUGGGAAACAAUAAAAGAAAGGAGAUUAGGUGAUUAUCAAACAAACCCAGACGAUCUUAUAGAAGAUAAACUAGUAUAUCAUAUAUAUAAUUUCUUUCACUCCAUUGUAAGAUGCAAAUAUUUUACUCUUAAAGGUAAAUUAGGUAUAUUAUGUGAAUACAUUGUAAUGAAGUACAAUAUACCAAUAGAAGUUAAAAACCAUGUGUGGGGUAUGAUUAUUUCUUACAUUUUAAAUGAUAUGCUAAAAAUGGAUGCCCGAGAUUAUUUUGAAUUGUGUGAUCUAAUUGAGAAUGGAAUGUGCAAUAGAUUGAAAUUCGUUGAAUUUAUUAAUAACAAAACGUCAUCAUGGAACAUGUCCACCAAUUUGAUAUUUCAAUCAUGGGCCGAUGUUUUGACUUUGAAAUUAAUUUCACAUUCUCGUAAUGUGACAUUUUAG